UCUUUGUCUCACACUCUCGGUACUGGGUACAACCUGGGAAGUCUAGGUCGCAACUUCUCAGUGAGCUAAUCAACUGAAUUUAGUUUGCCCCCAAUGCCAAAUACUUCAUCCUCCGUUAACGUAAUCCUGUUUUAGAACUAUUCAAAUACUUUCAGGCUUGAAAGUUGUUGUCUGUCGUUUCGUCUUCUAUAGCAUUCGCUUCCAUCGGUAGCAACAUCUUCAAGUUGCUUUGCUUCCCCACUGUUGCAAAGGCGGACAAAGGCAAGACGAUUGCCCGAAUAUUGUGAAACACCAGCGCCUGCCUUCAGCUCGUCGCAUUAUCAGCCUCAUUGGCAAUAGCCCCGAGUUUGAUCUUGCUCCCCACUGAGCCACAUUGCUUAGCUAGAUCAUCUUGUUCUGAAUAGAUUUCAAUUUUUCUUGUGAUUCCUUUUCUCCCUUCCUUUGCUUCCCCAUCAACUUUUAAACCAACCACCAAGAUGGCGUUGCCAAAACGCAUUGUGAAAGAGACAGAACGUCUCAUGACUGAACCGGUCCCCGGUAUCAGCGCAGUCCCCCAUGAGGAUAACUUGAGAUAUUUCGAUGUCGAGAUCCAUGGCCCCUCAGGAUCGCCGUACGAGGGAGGUGUUUUCAAGCUCGAGCUAUUCCUAACAGAUGACUACCCGAUGGUCCCACCCAAGAUCCGCUUCCUGACCAAGAUUUAUCACCCCAACGUUGACAAGUUAGGACGAAUUUGCCUAGAUGUUCUUAAGAACAACUGGUCACCAGCCUUGCAGAUUCGAACCAUCCUACUAUCCAUCCAAGCACUCCUCGGUGCCCCGAACCCGGAAGACCCCCUAGCCGCGGACGUCGCUAAGAGCUGGAAGGAGGACGAGAAUAAGGCCAUCGCGACCGCCAAGGAGUGGACCAAGAACUUCGCUACACCCCCGCCGAAAUAGAAGAGUAGGUUGGCUCGCGCUCGUGCUGCGGUAAAGAGGACGGUCUAUCGGCAUGUUCUGCGACGAAAUUCCCAAGGACAGAAGUUCGAGGACGUGUGGGCCGAAAUGUUGAGGUCUGAUCUCGCGUGAGCGGCCCUACGAGUUGAGAUGGGAGGAACUCCUUGUGCUGAAAGCCGAGGUCUCAUCCCUCUUGAUUUUCACUAGUAUUGGACUGCGCUGGCGUUACGUGCCUUGAUUGACGACAGAUGACGGUAGAAGAAUACGAUAGCAGGAUCACAGAUAGUAUGCGG